AUGAAGCCAUUCCGUGGCCAGCAGGAUGCUGGCUCCCACUUGAUUGGUUCCCCUGCGCGACGUGGUGGCGAGCAUGAUACCACGCAUAACGCAUAUUUGGCGACUGGUGGCAGGGUGGACUCUCAGGGGACACGGGAGCGCAAUGCGGAGUACAGCGCGUUUGACGUUUUGGUUUCCCCCUCUAUUGCUGGUGGUGGUGGUGGUGGUGGUGGUGGUGUCUCUUCUACUGGGCAUCCACCCACCGGUGGUGUGUCACCGCCGCGAGCGCCGGAAGCGUCACAUCAUUACAGCAGUGAUGCACUUGUUUCCUCCGCACUAGCUGCUGUCUCAAUGCCUCUUGCUGUUCCGCCACGGAGUGGAGACACUGCGGAGUUGUCAUCGGACCUUGUUGGCACGCGUGACCUGCAGCGUGGACUACUGGAGCAGAAGUUGCAUCAGGUUCAACGCGAGGCGGACGCGGUACGUGCGGAGCUGCGGGAGGCGAGCGGCCGCGUGGCGCAGUUGACGCUGCGGUUGAACGAGCAGAAGGUGGAGUUCAGUGCGCUGACGCACCGCUACGGGGCGGCGGUGGAAAAGUUGACGGCAGCGGAGGGCGGCGUGCGGCGAUUGGAGGAACAUCUCGUGCGGGAGCGGGCCGCCGCCGGGCGGGCGCGGGAGGAGCGCGACGGACUGCGGGCGGCUCUACACGAGGCGGAACAGGCCGCCGAUCGACUCCGACGCGAACUCCUCGAGGAACGUGGCCGACCGGCGGUGGACCCUCGCGAGGUGCAGCGACUCCUCGAAGAUCGCACGCGAUAUAUCCCCGCCGCAGAGAUGCAGCAGCAGCGCGCGGAGGCACACAGCGCACAAAGGGCACUCGUCAGUAGAGUCGAUAAGGCGCUAGACACACUUCUCUUCGCACACGAAGAGGAUGAAACCGCUGUAUUUGUCGCCCGUAGCGCAGUGUUAUCCGCUGCAACUGACCUUGAAGCAAAGAUCACUGCCACAGAGGCAAUACUUGCCGCCCUUUAUGACCAGAUGGCAAUCUUUAAUGAGGGGUCAGAGCGUGACAUGGCCGAAAUGAUAACCGCCCUUAUCGCAGAAAAUAAAGAGCUUUGGCAACACCUUUCAAAGCUUAAGAGUGAGUACGAUGCGGUUACCACGCAGUUAACUUCACUACGUCGUAAAGGGGAAUAUGUCCCACACGAUCAGUAUAGUUACACCCAGAAACAGCUUGCAAUAACCACAGAGAAACUUAAUCAGGCACAGAAAGCUGUUGAAGCGCAAAUUGAAAUGGCAAAAGAACAUGAAGAGCAAAUGAAGGUAGUAAUGAAUAGUAACGAGUCGCUUCAGGAGCGAACACGUCUCCUUGUUGAACAGUUAUCCAAGGCACAACAGAAUGUAGAGCAAAUAAGUCAAGAAUUAGAAGAAAGCAAAACGUCAGCAAAGGAAGCGACGCGACGAGUGGAGGAGUUACAAACCCUUGUAGAAAAUGAGAGACGCCGUAUGGAUAACACUGUACAACAACUUAAGGAAAAUCAUUCCUCAGUAGAGCAAGAGUAUGAAAAUCGUAUUCGCCAUCUUCAGGAGGAACGAAAUGUGGCAUUGGAAAGCUCUGAUCGAGCACGUCAUGAUUUGAGUGAAUUACAGCAACAGGUAGAAUCAUUAGAAAGAGAACUGGAAUCUCGCACUCGGUACUUUGAAAACUACAAGCAACAAGCAGAAGAACAUCAAAAACAGAUAAAUCGUUCCGUCCAUGAGGAGAUGACUAGUGCACGAGAGUUACUUGAGCAUGAAUUGGGCCUGAUACGACGAGAAUUAGGAGAUCAGCGUACGGCUACCCGAGAGGCAGAGCGAGAGCGGGAUGACGAACGGGCUGAGCGCCAGGCGGCUCAAGCUGUUGUUAGUGGAUUAGAGGCUGAAUUAUUACAGCAACGUCGUGAAAAUGAAGAGCAGCAACGGCAGCUUGGGGAAGUCACUGAACGCCUGCAAAAACUAGAGGUAGAAGCAGGACAACUGCGAGAAGGACGUGUUGAAGCUGGUGAGGAAGUGUUUCAACUUCAACGUGAUGUAAAACGUUUUCAAGAGCGUAACCAUGAAUUAGAGCAAGAGUUACAAGAAGAAAGGGAGAAACACCUACAGGAAUUGACACAGAUGAAAAAAGACAUGCGAGAACUUGAUCGAAAUCGUACAGCGGUUCAGGAGGAGUUACAACGACUCCGUAUUCGAUUUGUAGAGGUAGAACAGCAGAAAGAACGCAUCCCACGGGAGCGCAUAGAUGCUGAAAAAGAAACCCUUAUGCGUGAAAAUGUGCGUCUUCACGAGCAAUAUCAAGAAGUACAACAAGAAAAUGUUACUUUACGUGAGAAUCUGCAGCAAUUACGUGCCAAAACAUUUAGUUGUGAACAACUUUCUCAGCAACUAGAUGAUUUACAAGAACGACUGCGGCAGCUACCGGCAUUAAGACAGGCUGCAGAAGAUGCCAGGCGUGAUGCCAUACGUUCAGCAGAAGAAACGGAGGCCUUGCGUCAGGAACGAGACGCUAUGGCAGCAAAGCUAGACUUUUUCCUUGAAGAAAGCAAACAGGCUGCCAAAAAAGACGAAGAAUGGGGACGUGUUUUCCGUGACGCAGCAGAGCAAGCACGAAGACUAGGUGGUCAGGUAUCAAUGGCGAAACAACAACAACAAAAACAACAAUACAGUACACCAGUAUCGUUUGUUUCACACCCUGGUGGUUAUAGUGAACAAUAUAGCAACUACCAACGUGCUCUUGGUGCUAGUGGUGGGGUUGGGGGCAAUAGUAACGGGGGAAUAGAUACAUCACCACAUCCUAGCGCUCCAACACUACACCGUCCAUGGCGCUAA